AUGAUGGACCCUUUCGACUACAUGGAUGAGCACGACAAGUGCCUUCUCCUUACAGAUGGAUUCUCUCGGUUCAUCCAAAUGUUACUGGGAGUUUGUGCAAUCGGCGUCCUCUUUAUCAAACGGGAAAUUGAGAUUCCCAAGCGCGAGUUUAAUGUGUGGACCUUUGAUGUGAGCAAGCAAGGCCUCGGAGCGCUUUUCGUGCAUAUUGUUAACAUCUUCUUGUCCAUCUUGCUGACCCAACGAUCAAAAGCAGACGACGAUCAGUGCGCCGUGUACUUUGUGACGUUCCUCAUCGACGUUUCCCUUGGUACCUACAUGCUAGUCAUCCUGGCGCAAAUCAAGGCGUUUGCCAAAUGGAUCGGGUGGACUUCCAUCGUCACAUCAGGGGAGUACGGCAAUCCCCCUCAGUUCGUUGUGUGGCUCAAGCAGUUCAGCGUGUACCUUGUGAGUUUGAUUGCGAUGAAGGUGGUCGUGACCAUCCUUGUGUACAUUUUGUAUAUCCCGCUGGCGACAGGGAGCACCUACAUCUUUUCGAUCUUCAGUCAUCAUCGGCAUGCUGAGCUUGUGGUUGUCAUGAUUCUCGGGCCAUGCGUGGUGAACAUCAUACAAUUCUGGGUCCUCGACAACUACCUCAAGCAUGCCGUGACCGGACCGCCCGCGUCUCCCACCUUUGCGCGUGUUCCCAGCAUCGACGAUCUCAUCGACGAAAACCAUCCUCAUACACCUCUUUUGCUGUAA